CAAGCCAGAUGUCAUGGGGCUUCUAAGUUUUAUAUUGAUCAUUUUAACUACCGGCUCUCCCCAGGGUAUUUCUUGAAUCCUCACAAGAGUGUGCUUGGCUUUGGCAACUAUGAUGUAAAUGUAAUCAUGGCAGCUAUACAAACCAAGAACUGUGAAACCAUAUGGUUUGAUAAGAGGAAAGAUAUAGGCAGCCUAAACUUUGACAAAAUAUUAGGGUUUAUUCUGAACAUCCCAACAGACUACAAAUGGGGAUUUCUCAGACUCCCCAUCCACAGAAAACACUGGAUUAGUAUGAGAAAAAUUGGUGAGGUAUAUUACAAUUUGGAUUCCAAGCUUGAUGCCCCAGAGGUUAUUGGAACCUCGCUGGAUUUACAGACUUACCUGAAGGAACAGAUGGAGAGUAAAGAUAAAGAACUACUACUAGUUGUUACCAGUGAUGUUGACAGGGAAGAAAGUUGGAGAAUGCCAGAAAUACCAAAGGGACAAGAAAAAUCAGAGGAAAUGAAUGCAAAUGACACUGAUGCAAAUUCAAACAGGGAGAAAUGUACAGUUGGAAGUGGUGAUGAGAGUCAGUGUACUGAUAUUGUGACUCAGCAAGGAGAUAAAGGUGAUGUUUCGAAUGAUCAAAGUACUGUGAAUGAAAAUGGUGUUCUUUUUAAAUAUGUCUGAUUGUUUUGCUUGAUCUUCACAAAAGAAGAACCACCCAUCUUCAACAUCAUCAUCAUCACCACUAUGAUAGUCAUGGUAAUGUUUUGUUUUAAUUGGGGGGGGGGUAAUUUUUUAUAUAUAUAUAGUCACAUUCAAAACAGGUCUUACUUAACUCUGAAAUAGUCCUAUGUUAGCAUGCCAAGAAUGUACACAUUUAGAAAGUUUGAAACCACUGGAAACACCAGUAGACUAUUUCCUGUCUAAGUUAAACGUGCUGAUUGCAGUUAGUUUAUAUAGUAAAUGUGUUAGUGAAUGGGAACUGUGCAAUGUUUGCUGUCAUUGGUAAGCAUUUUGUAUGUUUGCAGCCAAAGUCAGUUGUCACAAUCAGCUGUCAACAGAGAGCUGACAUAUUUAAAUGCAUGCACAUCUUGAUUAAUUUAGUGAAAAACACAGUUAUGAAAUUACAAUAUACCUCUUUAUCAAAGUUAAUAUCUAUGAAAUUUAUUAAACAACAUUGCUACAAAAAUCUGGCAAAAAAUUGUCUGAUGCCUCAGACAUACACUAAAAGUUCUGAUAAUGAAUGUUUGUUACUGUGCUGAUGUUUAUUUAUAAGAAAUGUGCACUUAUUACAAUGUAUUAUUCAUGAUAAAACAACAACCAAAUACUUUUUAACUGUUUCAGUAAAAAUUUCUUUUAAAAAAUGGUAGCUUUUUGUAAACUUUUAACAGGAAAAUGUCAAAUACAUUGUAUCCAUUAGUUUUACUUAGUGAACAUAAUGAAAUACAUUUUAUUUGAGGACAGUGAACAUAAUGAAAUACAUUUUAUUUGAGGACUCAUGUGUAUGUAGUAGCUGAAGCUUAAUUUUAUGUAUAUUUGUCAGCCACUGCAUAUAAUAUAUGUAUUUAUUAAUGCAACAAAGUAUUUUUACAAUUAUAAUAAAAAUAAUAUGUUUAAGCAUUAGGGAAAGUGGCACAUACCAUAUGCUUGCAAUGCAUCAAGUUCAGAUACAUGUAUAAACUGAUGUUUGUAUCACAGUGUAAUCAGUCUCUGUGUAGUUAUGUACUUAGGCUUAUUAAUACAAAAUUAGUAAUAUUUACUGGCAAUAUGUUCCUAAGUAUUUUAUAUGAGCAGUACAUGUAUGCUAGCUGCAUUUGGUUACAUUUUCAGUACAGCUUAGAAAUGGCAAAUUGUCUCAUUUCUCUGUGAUACACAAACCAAACAAAUAAAAAUUUUUGAAAGUGCU